UCAUGACACGUUCCUCUCCUGCAGUCGACCUGAUUUGUUUCUAAUGUGAGGAAUGCGACCGCUUUUUCACUUACUCGCCACACUCUGGCUUUGUUCCGCAUUGCAGGCGUACGCCGAGGAUGCACCUACACAACUCUACAUUCAUCACCGUGUGGUCCAUCCAAAUCUCCCAGUAACAUACUGGUCCAAUUUUGGGUCCAUUAGUAUUCCUCACCCAUCCUCCAUUUUGCCGUCUGGUACGCCAGUGACAUUCACCCCAUCCGAAACCUUGCUCGAUGACCUAUCCGAGUUCGCGGAGAGCGUGGAUCCAGCGCUCGAGGAGUCUCUAUACCAGGUAGCCGUGGGGAGACCUGAGCUAUCAGAAGGGAUAUGGCCUAUGUCAGUCAUGAAGGGCUGUCUGAUGUUGACGUCGACGUCAUCCAGUAUCACAAUUCACCUUUCUCCCUCUGGCGAGGUGUUGGGACUAGACUAUUUUCUCUCGUCUGUUCCCCCGAACGGUUCAUGCCCUCCGUCCUCGGAAACGACUAACUCCUACCCGGUGCACAAUACGACCGUUUUCGUCAAGAUACCCAGCUCACCGCCGUCACCAAGGCUACGUGCGCCACCUCCCUUGACACCAGAAGGUGUACCGGUUUCCCCUGUCCCUGAAAAGACUUUCUUGCAAAAGUAUUGGCUAUACAUAGUUAUAGCCCUUGCUGCCCUGCUGAUUUCAGGACCGCCAGAAGAACCUGCGGCAAGCGGGAAUGGACCCAAGGCUGCGAAUUGACUGGACAGUUGCGAAAACUCCAUGUCCGGAGCUGUGGGGUUGUAGUCGGAAGGGAUGUCUCAUUUUUGACCCAGUUGUUAGCUUCAGUAGAGAGACUGGGACGGCGUGCGCAGCUCCAUCUACGAUAUUUCCCCG